CAGCCUUUUCACAAAACUGCGCAUCUCAAAAUCAGCAUUAUCAUAUGAUCACUCAAAAGUCGUAAUUAUGAUAUGACCAAUGCGUAUACUGAAGGAUUUCUCAAUAGCUAAAUGAUUGGCCACAAAAACUUGGCUUCUCCCGUAGUGGCCAAGGAACCAGGCCGAGCGGACCCUGUAGGCUGAUACCGUGAUUGCGCAUUGGGGUCAACGCGACUGCUUAAGAAACGUGCCGAUUACAAAGUACUGCUCAGAUCUUGGCCGUGAUUUUUGAAUCCUAAGUUACACAUGGAGAGAUCCUGGUUGCAUGUGGACCUAAUCACAACAUGUGCUGACAAACUACUAGAAUCCAAGUCGGUAAAGGAACUGUUGAUCCAGGGAGGCUUCGGUGCACUUCGGACUUCUUUCAUCGUUGCAAUGCUCCUCUCUAUGCUGGCCCUUGCUGGGCUCUCCAUGGGCUCUGUGCAGUAUUGCCACAAUAAAAGUCCCCAAGCUCCUGUCUACUUCUGCACCGCUGUUAGUAGCUGGGUCAACCCAUCAACAUCCUCUGUUGAAUGGUGGGUUACUUUUGGUGUUCAAAGACUUGGACCAGAGGGUUGGUACGCCAUAGGGCUUGGAAGCGGAAUGUACGGGGCCUUGAUGUUCAUCGUAUACGUAAAGUAACCGUCAACUGAUGGUGCUUAUCUCCCCACAUGUCAAUUAUACCCACCAACUGACUUCAUACGCAGACAUUGUUCUGAGUGUUAGGCGUGAAAU